GAAAAAAAAGAAAAAGAAAAAGAAAAUGAAAUAUUUGAAUAUUCUCAUCUUCUUCCUCUUCCUUUCUUCUACAGUAACCCUAACGCGAUCAAAUCCGCCUCCGUCUGGCGGCGGUGAUGGUAAGCACUUCGUUCUGGUUCACGGAGCUUGCCUUGGUGCCUGGUCGUGGUACAAGCUAUCGACGCUGCUGCGCUCGGCCGGCCACCGCGUGACGGCGCUGGACAUGGUCGGUGCCGGAAUUGAUCCGAGGGAGGCGGAGGAUCUGAGAUCGUUCUCCGAAUAUGUUCAGCCGUUGACGGAUUUCAUGGCGAAAUUGCCGGCGGAGGAGAAGGUGAUCCUGGUCGGGCACAGCCAAGGCGGGCUGUGCAUUUCUAAAGCGAUGGAGGAUUUUCCGGAUAAAAUUUCUGUGGCUGUUUUCGUCGCCGCCGCCAUGCCUGGCCCAUCCUUGAACGCUUCAUUUCUACUGGAACAGUUUCGCAAGAGGAUAGACUUUGGGCCUGAUACCCGUUAUACAUUCGGUAAUGGGCCCAAAAGCCCGCCAACAACUUUGAGAUUCGGCCCACUUUUCUCGGCCACUAAACUAUUCGAUAGAAGUCCCAAUCAGGACUUGACAUUGGGCAACACAUUAAUGAGACAAACCCAUUUGUUCGUGGGACGACAAUGGAGCAAAGAUCUUCCUUUGACGACACAAAGGUAUGGGUCUGUUAAACGAGUUUUUGUUGUUUCAGAAAAGGAUAAGGUUAUAAAGAAAAGCUUCCAACAUUGGGUGAUUAAAAGAAAUCCUCCUACCGAUGUGGUGGAAAUUAGAGGAUCCGAUCAUAUGGUGAUGAUAUCUAAGCCAUUCGAUCUCUUCAACAAACUUUCUCACAUUGCUCGACAUUAUUCUUAACCUAUAUUUUGUGUGUAAUGUAACGUGUUCGAAGUUUAAUAAUACCGUUGAACUUAUAAUUAUAUUUUAUAUUAAUAUCA